GCGGGGGCCGCGCGGAGGGCCGGGCGCUGCUCUCCCGGGCGGAGCCGAGUCCGCGGGGCUCCGGGCGGGGCGGGGCCGUCGGUCGGCCGGCCGCGCAGCUCGUCCAGGUGCUGCGGCGGCUCCACGUAGCCAGGCGGCCGCGGCUAGGGCACACGGACCUCGGCCCGCGGCUGCCGUCAGCCCGGGGCGGGCCCUGCGCCCCAGGACUCCCGCGGAGCCAUGGCGGGCCCGGGCCCGGGGGACCAGGACGAGCACUACGAUUUCCUGUUCAAGCUGGUGUUGGUGGGCGACGCGAGCGUGGGCAAGACGUGCGUGGUGCAGCGCUUCAAGACCGGCGUCUUCUCCGCGCGCCAGGGCAGCACCAUCGGCGUCGACUUCACCAUGAAGACGCUGGAGAUCCAGGGCAAGCGGGUCAAGCUACAGAUUUGGGACACGGCUGGCCAGGAGCGGUUCCGAACCAUCACCCAGAGCUACUACCGCAGUGCCAAUGGGGCCAUCCUUGCCUAUGACAUCACCAAGAGAAGCACCUUCUUGUCCGUGCCUCACUGGAUCGAGGAUGUGAGGAAGUACGCGGGCUCCAACAUAGUGCAGCUGUUGAUUGGGAACAAGUCAGACCUUGCCGAUUUCCGGGAAGUUGCGCUGGCAGAAGCACAGAGCCUGGCUGAGCACUAUGACAUCCUGUGUGCCAUUGAGACCUCUGCCAAGGACUCCAGCAAUGUGGAGGAGGCCUUCACCAGAGUGGCCACUGAACUCAUUGUGAGGCACGGAGGCCCCAUGUUCAGUGAGAAGAGUACCGACCACAUCCAGCUGGACAGCAAGGACAUUGCGGAGAGCUGGGGCUGUGGCUGCUGACUGGGGGGCAGGCCGGGCGCGCCAGGACCCCCCCACCUCCUUUGUCUUUAGCCUGUCAAGCCCCACCCUUCAGCUGGCCCUCGGGGCUCUGGCUUCUCUAGCGGGAUUCUGGCCCCUGGCCUGGAUGCUGGGUAGGAAGGGAGAAGCAGGGUAUCCUGUGUGGAAGGCUAUUGGCCCAGGGCAGGAUGUGGACCAUCCCGCCAGCCAGCAUCUGCUCCUUCCGUGUUCUUCACAUUCCAGGACUAGCCUGAGCCUUCCAGCAUAGACUAUGAUGGGAAGCGGGCUGGCUGUGCUGCCCAGCCUUCCUCCCUCCCCCCUGCUGGUUUUGACCUUCUGCCUUGACUGCUGCAGCUGUGCUCCGGUUGCUGUAGAGCAGGGAUGUGGCUGGUACCCUAGGUUCUUCCAGGUCAUUCUCCAGCCUCUAACCAGAGUGUAAAAAGCACAUCAAUUAGACCAAUAGACUGGUGCUGAGCCUUGUCCCUGGGAAGCCUGACUUGUCAGGUGGAAGCAGCACCUUCCCUCACUGCCAGCUUGGAGCUCUUAGCUCCCUGGGCCUGGCUCGCUGCCUUACCAAGACUUCUCCAGUUUGUCUGUUUUCCAUGUAGCAUCUCAUUUUCACUGACACAAGUGUAGGGCCAGCUGGGGAGUGUCUGCUGGCUUAAGACCCAAAAUGUUGCUGGGCAGGUUGCAAAAGCGGCUAAUCUUUCAGUGUGGUUGAGGGGUGAGAUAGGAAAGUGAACUUGUAAGGAAAAAAGAAGCAGCUUGCAUGGGGCAGCUCAUUGGUAGAGCAUGAGCUCAACACUUGUCAGGACCUGGGUUCAGUCCAUAGCACCAGAAAGAAACAAAACAGCAGCUUCUGUUCGGUCCCAGAGGCUGAGGUAGAGGGCCCUAUGGACCCCAGCCUCACCCUGUGUGGAAAAACCUUCCCUGCCAUAGCCAGAGCUUCUAGCUCCCCCUGCUCCUGGUCUGGCUUAUAGUUUCAAAGCAAAAGUACCUGACACUUCACUGGUCCUGUGCCUGCCUUAACGGGUACUUCCUGCAGGGCUCAGGGAUAAUGCUGAGGUGCAGGAAUUGAGCCAGGGGAUGUUUCUAAGAUGGUCCUAAACGCUUUAUCAGCCCAGUCCUAUGCCCUUCCACCGUCUCAGUAUAGACACCACACACACAUACGCACUCACACAAAAUGAAGAGACUGCUUUUAGAUCCACAGGGAAGGCCUCAGCAGCAGCGGGCCCCCAGCCAUUGCGUCAGGCUUAGUCUAAUCAAGUCAUGGAUCAGGGUUUGUUUCCUUCAUCUCCCCUCUCACUGGCACCCUGCCCUUGUCUCCCAUCUCAAGCAUUCUGGUCUGUCGGCCCCUUUCCUUGGCAGAUCUGGCCACCGGGCUGGAGGCAGGGCUUUACAACAACCACCUAGUGGUCUGGAGAGACAGAACUGUUGUCAACUAGAGUAACGGCACUAGACCCACUGGCCCCCUUUCAGGCAGGAUUAGCUGAGCCUGGUUCCGAUUGGGCGGAAGGUGGCCUGGGGGAACCAGGGCCUGCUCUGAGUGCUUCUCAGGUGGGGAUCAUGGGGCUGGGCUGGGUAGGAGCCGACUGCUUUUCCUGGGGCUCACAAAGUCAAGAGGGUCCUGCUUGUUGGUUUCAGUUGGCUCAGACUCUUGGCAGGGAGAGCUGGUUCCUUCCCUAAGUCCUCUGCUGCAGAGCCUGGCUACCUAUGGGUGGAUAGUGCCUGUCACUGAGAGUGUUCUUCGCACUACGCAUGGUCCUCGGAGCCAUCUGGCAUCUGUGGUUCCAUCAGUAGAUUCUGUGGGGCCGAUGUUUCCAGGGCCAAUCAGGAAGCUCUUUUGCUUGGUGACGUGGAGCUUGCCAGGUCUUGGGUUUGCGUCUGUUCAAAUGGAAGUCCCAGUUUCAGGAUAUGUCUGUCCAUCCGAGCCACUGACCCUGCCAUAGCUACCCACUACUACCCAGCAAGCCUUGCUCGUUAGCAAUACCAGUGCUGAACCCAGUCAGAACAUUGGGGCCCUUUCAUCCUCAGGCCCUAGAGGAGGGAGGGCAGAGGCCUUUCGCUCUAGACAGAUUUCUACCCUGUCUUUCACAAGAUGGCCCUGACUUGUGGUGGGGCUUACUUGUCACCCUGGGCCACGAGCCCCCUUCCCAGCCUCCAAGGCAGUGUUUUUCAGCCUGUGGGUCACAACGUCUUUGGGUUGCCUAAGACCAUGGGAAAACACAGAUAUUUACAUUAUGAUUCAUAACAGUAGCAAAAUUACAGUUACGAAAUCGCAACGGGAUAGCUUUGUGGUUGGGGUUCGCCACAACAUGAGGAACUGUAUUAAAGGGUUCCAGCGUCAAGAAGGUUGAGAACCGCUGUCAGAAAGGCAGAACUAAGUAAACCCUGCCUAGCCCAGGAAGCCACCUUUAUUGAUGGCCUCUUGGCUUACCCAGCCACCAGGAAGAUGAUUUCAUUCUCCAUGCACAGGACUAUCACCACACACUUCCUGGGGUGCUGAGGUGUACCUGAGGCCCUGCCCCGCGCCCUUGAGCAGGAGCAGCCCUCCUCUAAGAAAGCCCAAACACAUUUCAUCAAGCCCUGCACUCCCCUAGCCCUGCCCUGUAACCAUCCUGUCUUCUCACUCUGGGUUCCAGUUCCACUGCCGGGUGUAGGUUGGAAGUUGAGGCCUGGGGCACUUACCCAUGACCUUGGCCUCCACAGCCUGCCCACCUCUCUACUCACUGUCAUGUUUGGGGCCAGUGUGGUCCCCCUCCCAAAUCUCAGCCAAUCUGCCUUCUCACAGCACAGGAUCCCACACGUGACCCAAAGCACACAUCUCUGAGGGGAGACAGCCCCUCCCCAGCCACAGGCCUUACCCCCAGAUCCUGCCAAGGACACAUUCUUCCCUUGAUCCCAGAUUCUGUGUCCUGAGAGGGCCCUGAAUCAUGGACUGAAGCUGGCUCCUGCAGAGAGGCUGCAGCCACAGUAGUGCCAAAGCUCUGGCCCUCUGCUGAGGCACCUGCUCCACAACAAGAGAGACCUCUGAGCCUUUGUCAGAAGGAGCCCAGAGCUUGAGGACCAGAAAACAGGCAAGUGUGAGAGUCAGGAAACACAACCAGCUGCUUUUCUUUCCCUGGGCAGCUUGGCUGCUAGCAGCCCAGGGUCUCUGGGGCAGCAGACAUUUAAUCCCUUCCCUUGUUUAAAAAUUCUGAACAGCAGGAGCAGGUGGGGGUUGAAUGCUGCUGGGGAGGGCAAGGGAGGACCCACAGAAAGGCUGGUGGGGCCGGGCUGACUGCAGCAGGAGUGGCACGAAGGGCUAAGGGUCUUGCCCACUAAAGGUACCAGAGAAGGGGCUCCAUGUCUUUUUCGGGUGGAAGUCUGACCCCAGGCACACAGAUCCCAAUUUGGGGGAAUCUGCAGGAAACCCCUGGUGCACACUGAAUUGGUUGCCCUGUCCUAGGAUGUUGCCAGUGGUGGGCCUCUAGCCAAACUCACCCCUUCAGCACCUAGAUGGGCAGAAUUGCCAGCCCAAGGAUGCCAUGCACAUGGGUGGGGGGAUUUUCACAUUACCUAUUUAUGAAUAUGUAAGUCUUUCUAUCAAAUCUAUUUUUGAAACAUGAGAAGUUGCCUUUCUGGAUGUCACAGAGCCAGUGUACAAUUCAACCAUUAAACAUUUCUGUACUGA